CUGUGAAUCCAGAUACUUUGUAAAAAAACUGUGAUCAUGUCAUGUCAAAUAAAAAUGUCUUGUUUGUUUCAUUUUAAAAAUGUAUUGAUUUCUUGUUUUUGUGCCUAAUGUACAGAAUUUAAACCGACGCCACGUAAUAAAUGCGAAAAGAAGCGGUCUGCUAUCAUAGAACGGCUACUUUGAGGGCAUCACGGGACAAUGUCAUAUGAAGGUGAAAUGCAGGUUGAUGAGGAAGAUGUGGACAUACCUUUAUCUAAAAUCAAAAUGAAGGACCCUCUAGAGAGCUCAGAAGUUUUUGUGAAGUCAGAACCGCCUGAUGACCCGCCGCUGGAGUGGGACACGGCUCGCGCUGACAGCUUCAAAGUUGAGGUCAAAUUUGAGCCCUUGGACUACCUCGAUGAGAACAUUGAUAUUGAAGAAGCACCAUCACCGCCAGCCGAAGAAGAAGAAGACGAGAAAAAAACUAAAAAGGGAAAAGGCAAGAAAAACAAAAAAUCUGCCAAAAAUGGCCCAGAAGAGGUCCUUAGUUGUGACAACUGCGGGUUUAAAACUGUCAAACCACAUUUGCUGAAGCUACAUAGACAGAAAAUACAUAAAGAAGACUGCAAAUACACGUGCAGCGAGUGUGACUACCGAACCCCCGUGAAGUGCCACCUGCAGAGCCACGUCGUGGGCAAGCACGGAGCCGAGUCACCCUUCAAGUGUGACCUGUGCGCCUUCAGCACCAAGUAUAGCACCAUACUGCGGAGGCACAAGCUGAGGAAACAUGCUGAGAGCCAACCGCCAGAAAAAGAGACUCCAUCAAAACGCAGUGCUAGAAUCGAAGAAGACAACCCAACGGGAAAAAAGUUCAGCUGUUGUGAUUGCGACUAUACGACCAACGUCAAGUCUAACAUUAAAACCCACUUUAUGGGCAAGCACUGUGACGAAGUAUGGUACAGUUGCGAUGAAUGUGAGUUUAGCAGUAAAUACACGAGAGCGUUGCGGCGGCAUAAACAAACGAAGCAUACCGAAGCAAGGAAAAGAGCAUCGCCAGAAAACGGAGACACAAGUAAUAAUGAAGACGACCAAAACGACGAAGACUACAUGCCCUCAGGCAAGAAGUUCAAAUGCUGCGAUUGCGACUACGCGACCGACGUCAAGAGUCACCUCAAGACUCACAUCAUGGGGAGGCAUUCCAACGAAGUGCCAUACAAGUGUGAAGUGUGCGGGUUCGCAACUAAGUACAGUCGGGCUUUGGCGCGGCACAAGAUACUGCGGCAUAGCGCACAAGAUCCGAGCUCAAGCUAUGAGAAGAAAUACCAUUGCAAUGACUGCGAUUACGUAACUGCACACAAGAACGCGCUCCAACGACACUUCAUGGGCAAGCACAACGAUGAGGAACUCGCGUGCGAUUUCUGCGAAUAUAAAACUAAAUACACCACCUCUUUACGUCGCCAUAUGAUGACAAAACACGAGGAAGGGUUAGCAAAAAAGAUUGGUAGUGACAAAACCGUAUUCAUGUGUAAAAGGUGUGAUUUUACGACGUAUUUCAAGCUAAUGCUGACGCUACAUAGAAAGAAAGGCGUGUGUCGGGCUGAGGGUGAAGAGUGCGAUUAUGAAAAUGGAAGGAAAGGGGAGAUGAAGGAAGAAGAGGGGAGCGAUGAUGAUGGAGGGGAGGAGGGCGAGUUUAAGGGGUCGCCGUGUGAUGGACGCCCGCUCUCCGCAUCAGGAAACAUGCCACCGCGGAUUCGGAAAAAACUCACCAAACUACACAAGUGUUCAACGUGCGACUACGUAACCCUUUACAAGAACGGACUCAAGAUACACGAGCGAAAGCACGACCUCAGCAAACUGCUCAAGUGCGAUGUUUGCGAUUUCACAACUGCAUAUCCAGACACACUCAAACGGCACUUAGUACUUACACACGUAGACGACCCCGACAGCGAAAACGUGAGAAAAUACAAGUGCAAUAUGUGCGAUUACUUCUCUCUGUACCCGAAUAACUUGAAAUCGCACAUGCGUAAACAUAGCACAGUCAAAGAGUACAAGUGUCAGUUCUGCAAUUAUGAAACUGCGUAUCCGAGUUCGUUCGCUAAACACUCACGAGUGCACAGCCGACAAGAGUCGUUCCAGUGUGACCACUGCGCCUUCCAAACGAAAACGGAGGGGCGAUUGUCGCGCCAUCUAGUCAACGCUCACAAAGUGCCGCUAGUCAACAAACACAAGUGUCUGCUCUGUGAUUUCUCCACAGAUACAAAAUGGCGGCUCUCAAUGCAUGAACAGCGCAGCUUGCGACCGCGACCUAUCAAAUGCCUCAUCAACCGAUGCAACUUCGAGACGCGAUACAAGUGUGAAAUCAACUAUCAUAAGUCUAAGCAUUUGGAGCUUAUAGUUCAGAGCGCGAAUCCCUCUAGUGAAAAUAAUGACACGCAACAGUUACCCGAACAAAUAGUGCAACAGAUCCCUCAAAUCGCGCAACAGCUGUCGCAACAAAUAGACCACAUGUCGCAACAGAUACCGCAACAGUUACUACCUCCUAAACCAGAAAUACUAGAACACAAUCCGACGAACGCAAUGCCGGAACAGAAUUACUCUAACUUUCAGUUUGGUUCGGAAAUGUCGCAUCUAUUCAUGAACCAAAGUCACCCUCCACAUUACCAGAAUCUCACGCCACAGUAUGGGAAACAAGAUCAGAACCUCAUGCCUCAGUAUGGAAAACAAGAGAACCUCCCACCACAGUAUGGAAAACAAGAGGAGAAACCUCAGUACGAUAAUCCCACUAAUGUAGCCGACUGGAAAACCAUAGUUGUGAAAACAAUUGACAGCGAGAAACCUUUUAGCUGUGCUUUAUGCACUUACACGGCCAAAUUCAAAGCGUUGAUCCAAAAACACUUCUACAGACAUCACUGUAGUAAGGAGAAAACGCACAUAUGUCGUUAUUGCAACUUCGCAACGGCAACUAAAAUGAGUUUAGAUGUGCAUAUAAGAAGGAGUACUCAAACCGAAGAAAUGGUUUGCCAAUGCGGGCAGUUCCGAUCUAUGUACAAAUGUGCUUAUAUGGUGCAUCAAAAGAUACAUUACGAGUUCAAGUGCAAUUUAUGCGAGUAUUCCUGCAAAUCUAAAUACGAUCUAGAGAAUCACACUCUAAUGCAUGCAGGGAAAGGGUACAAGUGUAGGUUCUGCGAUUAUCAAACUACGGUUAAGAAUCGAUUUAUUACACACGAGGCGACACACACAGGUAUGAAGCCAUACAAGUGCAAUGUUUGCGAUUAUUCGUCCGCGCGGCGUGACACGCUCGAGACGCAUAUAAAAAAGAAACAUUUAGAUGGAGAGAGUAAUGAGGAAGAAACGGGUAUGAGUAAUGAAGUUGUUGUUUUAGUGCCGUGAUAUGUUUAGGGUUAGGGUUUUGUGUCUCAAGUCUAUAGCAAUAAGGCUCAACUCAGUUUAGCGCAGUGUUGAUCGCAGGAUAAUGAUUUUUAUCUUAGGAUGAAUGUUUUUUUUUUUAAUUUCUGUGUUUUUUUGACCGAUGAAUGAAAUUCGAUUGAUGGUAUGCAAUAGAUACCAGUGAAGGUAUUCAUUAUUAUUUGUGUGAAUUAUGUUUUAAUAACUAUUAUCAAUAAUGAUUACGAACUGCCACUUACGCAAAAGUAUAAAACAGCCGUGUAUAAAGGGGUUAAUUUCAACUAUGCGCUUGUGUGAAUUGAGCCUAAGGGGUAAUAAUUAAUGAUAAAUUUAUGUAUAAUUGCCAAAAUUCAACUCUGUUCGUCUUAAGUAUAAGUGCGUGUUUAGCGUAAUUUAUUUACAAGUAGCUCUAGCUAAGUUACCUGGCAUUAUUGAUUUUGCGAUAUUUUAAAUAUAGUUACUUAGUAUAAUUUUAUUUCUAGGGAUAUCUUUCUUGGAAGAUUAUGUAGUUUCUAUUGAUCUCUGUAAGUAUUUUCAUACUUAUGAAUUUGUAAUUUAAUUAAUUUUAAUUAAAUGAAUUGUGUCUACCAGUUA